GAAACUCUCCCAGUGCUGCUGCCUUGACUGCGGCAGAGAACUUGAUCUCUUUUGCUGUCUACAGUGGUUACCUCUCGCCCAAGUACAUCCAACCACUCUUUGUCCAAAGUGAGUCGUGCCUGGCCUGCUACCAGAAAGGAGCGUCUAAGAAAGAAUGCCCUGACAUCAUCCCUCGUUCAUCCUGGGGAGCCCAAGACACUGACUGUUCCAAGCUGCCAGGGCCAGCCAAGUACGUCAUCAUUAUCCACACUGGAGGCAGAACUUGCAAUGAGUCUGAAGAAUGCCAGAUAGUUAUCCGUUAUAUCCAGUCCUAUCACAUUGAGAAGAUGAAAUUCUGUGACAUUGCUUACAA